CUGUACGCGGAGCCGUACGAGCGUCCCCCGGCCCCGGCCCGGCGCUCCACGGCCCUGCGCCGCCUGCUGCCCCGCCGCCGGCCCCGCUCGCUCCACUCCGCGCGGUCCGUCCGUGUGUCCCGGGUGUACUCGCUGCUGCCCGGCGCGCGGCCCGGCUGCCUGUCCACGGUGGUGUACAGUGACCGUUACUUCCUAUACGGUCUGUCGCUCCACACAUGUCCGCCCCACUCCUCGGUCCCUGUUCACUACACUCCUCUGCCCCGUGUCUCGUGUGAGCCGGUCCCGGGCGGCGGUGUGUUGGUCGGUGCGGGCGUGUCCGUUCCUCGUGUGAAGGUCCGUUACGGGUCUAUUCGUCGUGGUCGUAGGGACGUCCCUCGUGUGUUCGGUCCUCCCCUCCCCCUCCACAGCCUGUACCCCCCCCCCCCCCCCCUCCCUCUUUCCUACCGUCAGCCGGUCGAGGUGUCACCGUCCCCGGGUCUGGUGUCUCCUGCUCGUCCUCGUUGUGAGUCUCCGUCCCCCCACUUAUCCGUCUCCGAGCCGCCUCCCCGGCCCGAGUUCGCUCGUCCCGACAACUCAUCUUCUCGCCCACCCAGCACCCUAUCACUUAUCUACAGCAGCACGGCGCCCUACGCGGUGUACGAGCCCUAUGGUUCGUCCCGAGGCGCAGUUCUCCGUCGUAAGGUCCUCAACACGGAGCGCUAUACAACGAUCAAACACCCGACGCUCACACAGAAACGAACCGUUCGAGCUCUACUGAUCAUGUACCUGCUAUGUAUCGUGUUGUUUGCGGCCUCGGUGUAUGCCAGGCCUAGCCCUGACAGCGCCGGCCAUGUUCCCUUGCCCGGCCCUGGACUGUCUUAUGGCGGUAUCCCCUACGGCAGUGUUAGCGGAAAUGUAGCCGAAUACUUCAGACACGGUCCAUCUGUCGGCCAUGUCGGGAACUUCCACGGAGUAAACCAAUACUUAUAA